AUCAGUGCAGAAACCUGGUUCAGCCUAACAAAGCAAUCAGUGCUGACCCCCUGGCUCAACCUAAUACAGCAAUCAGUACUGACCCUCUGUCUGUGAGGAAACAUGGAUGUGUCCAAAAUACGAUGGAGCUCCACAGAAUACUCUUUGAAAGAGUUUGUCUACAAAUUCCAGGAUUCCUUUCCUAAAAUUGUCAAGGUGACAGAGGGCUUCUUGGGGAGACAAGAAUUGGACAGCAUCAGUUCCAGCACACUGCUGCGAGUGCACGCUCUGUACUCACAGGAAAGAGCUCUGGUGGAGAGCAAAUCUGGGAAAGUCCUGUCUCUGCCCACCAAGCUGACCUCUAUGACCUUCUUCAUCAUCAACCACAGUGGUGCCAGAGAGGGGCCAUUCACCCUGCUAGAGAUCCUGAAAGCCUUUACCCUGCCAGUCAAGAUCCAGCCCACGACUGCCCUCACCUUCCAAGAGUCAAGCAGCCACCACAGUCCUGGGCAGAAUCUGGACUCUCUCACCUUCAUACAAUCCUACCAGGAGUCCUUCCUGCUGGGCCACUGCCUCAACAACAAAGGGACCCUGCUGGAGCAAGUGCCGCUGGUGCUUCCCAUGUACAUGAAACAGGUACGACUGGUGCUGGCCAAGGGAUUGGAGGGAGAGAACGAGGAGCAGUGGGAAGCAACCUGCAACAUUUACAAUGACAGGAUCAGAGAGCUGGGACACAUGGAUCACUUCAUCUUCCAAGGUAUUACUCUGCUUGAUAAUAAGGAUUUGAUCGCUCCUCAGACCCUGUAUGCAGAGAUUGAGCCAAUUUACAUGGACUUGAAAAAGCAGGGUGAUGCCUUUAAUCUCCACUAUUCGCUGGGUGAGCCAGUCUCUCCCCGCCAAGUCCCUGCCUGGCCGCUUACCUUAAAGCCACAGAUCCCUGCCAAGCCCCAAGCCCUCCCCAAAUCCAUCAGCCCGCUCCAGGUACCUCAGUGCCGCACCUACCGCAGCCUGGCGGAGGUGCCUCAGGAUCUUCACUCACUCAGCGUAAGGGAGGUGUGUGACUGCCUCCUGCUGUUGAAUCUGGGGAGCUACAUGCAGGCCUUUCGCCAGGAGCAGAUAGAUGGUGACUUGCUGUAUGAGCUUGACCACAUACACAUGAGGAACACUCUGGGUAUGAGCAGCCUGCACAUCACCAAGCUGCUUCGCUUCAGACAGGGCUGGAGGCCCCGGGUGGGGCUGGACACAGAUGUUUAAAUGACUCACAUCCACACUAGAAGCAUAUCUUUGAGUUUUUUUAGUUAGUGCGCAAAUGAAAUCACUUGCAUGUUCAUUUUGACACCCACACACACUGUACUGGUAAGUAUCUAGCGCCGUGUAUGAGAAGUGAUCUUUCACUGUGAUCUUUAUGGGUGUUGCAGAUACUGAUUUAUUUCCACCUGUCUCUUCUAUCUGUAGAGUGGAGUUAUCUUUCUUGAUAAUAUCAAGAUAAUCACAAUACAGUGGUAAUGAGGCUGCCUAUAGGCACAACAACUAAUCAUUGUUAGUGUGUUACCUGAGCAAUUAACCUCUUGUAAGACAGUGCUUAUAUGUUUCUUUAGUUUGUUUUUCUGUUUUAAUCGGUUCUAUUUUCAUUGUCUUUUGUUGUUUUUAUUUGAUUUGAUAAUGCUGUUGUCCGCCCACAAGACUUGCUUACAUAAAACAGAACCUACUGGUAUGAAUAAGUAUAUGAAAUAAUACAUGAAAUAAUGGGGAUCAGCUGUGGAGCCAUUUGUUUAAAUUAUCCAAAAUAUUUUUCUUUUUAGAAAAAAAUAAAUAAUUAAAAAAUUUAGACAUAUGUAUUUUAUACCUAGCCAAACAAUUCCCAUCGUUGUGUGUCAGAUUCUAGUAUAUUGGUAACAUUAUGAUUAUGAUAAAUAAAUACCACUAUAGCUUGGCCAACAUUGUAAUAUAUAAAAUAAUAAUGUUGAUGAAACCUCUCUUUUGCUGUGCCACACGGUCCUUCUCUCCUGAUAAGUGAACGUUCUGCCACACUCAUCCAAGAGCUUCGGGAGGUGAUUUGUCAGCAACUGCCCUGCGAUAUCGAGUCGUGACGUAGUGUGGGGCAGAAUGUACCCUUCCUGAAUGGGGCAACUGUAAGAUACCCCUGCCCCGCUCCUGAUUACGAACCCUGAGGUCAUGCCGCACGAGUACAGAGACAACAGUGCGGUGGUGGCCAUAUGCAGGGCCGGCGUCCCAAACACCUCAAACAGUAUCUCCAUGGCCUUUACACGGUCCGUGGUGGGCGAGAGCGGGCCGUCUGUCAGCAGAAAUGUUUUGCUGUGAGACUACCCU